AUGAUAAAAAAGCAAGAAAAUAAAACACAAAGAGAGUUGCAACAUGGUAUCACAUCAAUCCCAAAUGAAGAAAAUCCAACCGAGGACAAGACUGUAGAUGAAAAAAGAAUUGAAAGAGAAGAAAAUGACAUUUUAAAAUCAUUAAAAACAUUUAAACCGUUGGUUUCAGUAAAGGAUCGUGCAAAAGAUAUCACCUACACAGAGUCGAUGAAGACCUCAUGGAGACCUCCGCUAUACAUUAGAGAAAGAGAUGAAAAAGAUAAUCAAAAAAUUAGAAAUCAAAUGAAUAUUAUAGUAGAUGGAGAUGACACACCACCACCCAUUACAACUUUUAAAGAAAUGAAGAUACCACGAUCAAUUAUUCAAGUUUUAGAUAAAAAAGGUAUUAAAAAACCAUCACCCAUUCAAAUGCAAGGCUUACCUGUAGUUUUAUCUGGUCGUGAUAUGAUUGGUAUUGCAUAUACCGGUAGUGGUAAAACUUUGGUAUUCACUUUGCCAAUGGUUUUGUUUGCUUUGGAAGAAGAAAAGAAAUUACCAAUCAUCCAAGGUGAAGGUCCAUUUGGUCUCAUUCUUUCACCAUCGAGAGAGUUAGCAAGACAAACUUAUGAUCUCGUAAAUUCAUUCACCGAUUCACUUGCAAAAGAUGGAUUUCCUAAACUUCGUACACUCUUGGCUAUCGGUGGUAUUGACAUGCGGGAACAAGAACAGGUAUUUAGAAAGGGUAUUCAUAUGAUUGUAGCAACACCAGGACGUCUUUUAGAACUAUUACAGAAAAAGAAGAUCAACUUUAAUCUAUGUAAAUAUUUAGGUUUGGAUGAAGCAGAUAGACUUAUUGAUUUUGGUUUUGAAGACGAUAUACGUUCAGUUUUAGAUCAUUUUACAAAUCAAAGACAAACAUUAUUGUUUAGUGCUACAAUGCCUAAAAAGAUUCAAGAGUUUGCUAGAAGUGCUCUAGUAUUACCAGUUGAAGUUAAUGUAGGUCGUGCUGGUGCUGCCAAUCUUAAUGUAACACAAGAGGUAGAGUUUGUAAAACCAGAAGCCAAAAUAGUAUAUCUUUUAGAAUGUUUACAAAAGACCCCACCACCAGUAUUGAUUUUCUGUGAAAAUAAAAAAGAUGUAGAUGAUAUUUACGAAUAUUUAUUAUUAAAACAAGUAGAAGCAGUUUCAAUUCAUGGUGAUAAAUCUCAAGAAGAAAGAGAAGGUGCAAUCAAGGCAUUUAGAGAAGGUAAAAAGGAUGUUUUAGUAGCUACUGAUGUAGCUUCAAAAGGUUUAGAUUUUCCCGAUAUUCAACAUGUUAUUAAUUUCGAUAUGCCAAGAGAAAUUGAAAAUUAUAUUCACAGAAUUGGUAGAACAGGUAGACGUGGAAAUAAAGGUGUAGCAACAACAUUUAUCAACAAAACCAAUACAGAAUCAUUAUUAUUGGAUCUUAAAUAUCUUUUAAUUGAAGCCAAGCAAAAAGUACCACCAGCUUUAUUAGAAAUACCCGACGAUAAUCAAUAUCUUCAAAAAUUACAGGAUCUACCAAAACCAUGUGAAUAUUGUGAUGGUCGUGGUCACAGAUUAGUAAAUUGUCCAAAAUUAAAGAAAACAAGCAGGUCCAAAAAGAGAAAUUUUUCGGUUCUGGGUGGUGGCGAUUGGGUAAAAAACAAAUAUGUAUAUUUUUUAAAUCAUAUAUAA